AUGCUGGUUGCCCGCAUCAAGUUUUACAUAUUGCCAAGUAUGAGCCCACACCAGUACGGAUUUAUGCCCCAAAAGAGCACUGAGGACUCCCUCUAUACCAUCAUGCAGCACAUCCGCAGCAAACUAAAUGAAAAGAAAAUGGUAACACUAAUAUCCUUGGACAUAGAGGGAGCUUUUGACAGUGCAUGGUGGCCCGCAAUCAGAGUCCGACUGGCGGAGGAAAAUUGUCCGGUAAACUUGAGGCGGGUAAUCGAUAGCUACCUCAGCAACCGUGUAGUCAGAGUCAGAUACGCUGGAGAAGAAAUAAAACGGGAAACAAACAAAGGAUGCGUACAGGGCUCCAUAGGGGGACCCAUCCUGUGGAACCUGCUUCUAAAUCCACUUCUCCAAGAACUGACACAACAGGGAAUAUACUGUCAGGCUUUCGCGGACGAUAUCGUGUUGGUUUUUGACGGAAAGACCGCCCUGGACAUAGAAAGACCGGCAAAUGCUGCCUUGGAGCAUGUGUUUGCGUGGGGGGUUAAAAACAGACUCCGAUUUGCGCCACAUAAAACUUGUGCGAUGCUGCUGACACGCAAGUUAAAGUUUGACGUCCCGCGCCUAGCCAUGGGAGGAAUACAAAUAAAAAUGGCUGAAGAAAUAAAGCUGCUAGGACUUACUAUUGAUUCGAGUCUUACUUUUAACACGCAUAUAGCCAGUGUUUGUAAGAAAGCACUGGGUAUAUAUAAACUAUUAGCGCGAACGGCUCGAGUCAGCUGGGGUUUAAACCCAGACAUAGUAAGGCUAAUCUACACAGCAGCCGUUGAGCCAGUAAUCCUGUAUGCAGCGAGUGCGUGGGCGCCAGCAGCAAACAAACUCGGUGUCAGGAAACAGUUAAAUGUGGUGCAGAGAGGUUUUGCGCAAAAAAUGUGUGGGGCCUACAGAACGGUCUCCCUGCAUUCGGCGCUGAUACUUGCUGGGCUGCUCCCUCUCGACCUCCGGAUCCGAGAGGCAGCCUCACUAUACGAGGCCAAAAAGGGGCUACCACACCCGGUGCUCGGUGACAGGGAGAUCGAACAGAUGACCCCAGCCAUCAAAGCGCCACACCCAGCGGAGAGAGCAAGCCUCGAGUUCGGACGCCUAAUGGACGAGGAACAAUAUCAAAGAAACACAAACUUUGAUCUAAGGAUCUUUACGGACGGCAGCAAAAUUGAGGGCAAAGUCGGAGCGGCUUUAUCCCUAUGGAAUAGUACCGAAGAGAUCAGAGCCAUCAAGCUAGCACUGCCGUCCUACUGCACCGUAUACCAGGCGGAACUACUGGCUCUGUGUCGAGCGACAGUGGAAGCACAAAAAAGUAAUGAAGCCAGUGUCGGAAUAUUCAGUGACUCCAUGGCCGCCCUCCAAACGGUUGCCUCGGGCUCCCCGCAUCCUCUCGCUGUAAAGACAAGAGACACUAUACGAAACUGUAUGCUCCAGAACAAAAGUGUUUCUUUGUUCUGGAUUAAAGCUCACGCGGGAUUGCAGGGGAAUGAAAGAGCAGACGUGCUCGCGAAGGAGGCGGCCCUGAAGUCGAAAAAGAAACCUGACUACGAACUGUGCCCUGUAUCAUUUAUCAGACGUAAAAUCCGUAUGGAUACGAUUGAUGAAUGGGACAGAAGAUACAGAGCCGGAGAAACCGCCGCAAUCACGAAGUUAUUUUUCCCCAAUGCGACCGGGGCAUAUCGAGUGGUGAGAAAGAUAGGAGCCUGCAAAACCACUACGCAAUUGAUGACUGGACACGGUGGAUUCUCUGAGUACCUAAACCGUUUUAAGUGCAAGGAGAACCCAUCGUGCGUGUGCGACCCAGUCAAAGAAGAGACGGUCCCCCAUAUCCUGUUCGAGUGCCCGGUGUUUAGCAUAGACAGACAUAAUAUUGAGCAAGAAUUAAACGUCAAAAUGAGCGCAGAGAAUAUUCCUAGUUUGAUACAAGGUUUAGAACGCAACAAAUCAACAGAAAUAAAUAGUAUUAAACAUAUAUGUUAG